CGGCGACGACAGCAGCAAUAAUGGCGGCGCGGAGAUGUAUGCGCUCCUUCCUGGGGCCGGCGAAGCGGAUGAAGAUCACACACGCCGCCCGCCCCUUCUCGACCACGACCGCACGUAAAGAAGACGCACAGGAUGUCGGUCACAAAAAGACCAUGGCCACGCUGAUGGCCGACGUCGAGGCCGGCAACCUGCCGCUGGACGAGACACUGCAGAAGAUGGGCCUGGAUCCCGUCGAGUACAAGACUCUUUGGAAUAGCCAGAGGAAAGCCGAGAAGGCUGCCGCCAGGCGCGAGCCCAGGACGCGCGAGGAGGCGCAGGAGAUGUGGAAGCAGAUGCAGUCGACGCCCGACGACCUGACGCUGCUGCGCAUGUACAAGCGCGGCGGCGUCGAGCCCAUCCAGCUGGCGAAGGAGAAGGGCAUCAAGCUCCCCGGCGACAAAGAGCCCCUCGACCCCAAGACCCAAGCUGCCCUCGAUGAGCUCCGCCAGCCCCUCAACGUGCGCGCCGUCAACAUGCGCCCGCUGCGCCGUGAGCCCCAGUACGGCGUCCCCGUGUGCGAUCUGCAGCUGCGCACCUACUCGGUCCAAAACCUGACGCUCUUCGCCGACUUCGCCGUGCGCGCAGCCUACUACAUGGGCCUGUCAGCCCGCGGCCCCAUCCCCCUGCCGCGCAUAACCGAGCGCUGGACGGUGCCGCGCGACGUCUUCAUCUUCAAGAAGUCGCAGGAGAACUUUGAGCGCAUCACCAUGCGGCGCCUGAUCCAGAUCCAAGACGGGCACCCGGAUGUCGUCAAGGCGUGGCUGGCGUUUCUGGCAGAGCACCAGUACCACGGCGUCGGCAUGAAGGCGAACAUCUGGGAGUACGAGGACCUGGAGACGGCGACGCGCGCGGGUGAGGCUAUUCAGCCCGACGAUAAGAGCAGGAGGCGCGAGGGCCCAGUGAUGGCCAAGGUCGAUGAGAUUCUGAACAGCAGGGGUUUCAAGGAGGCGAUGAAGGGGCAUAAGACUCCCGAGGAGAUUGAGUUCAGGCGGUAGAGAGGAGGUGUGUACGAUAUGCGCAUUGAAGGCGUUGUGGGAAUGUACAAACAUAUAGCAAGACGUGCAAUACAGCAUGUGAGCAUACCAAGGCUGCCUUAAUCUCACCCACGGAGAUGGAUCGCAG